GGAGAGCAAACGAACAACACAUUUUCUCUUAAACCAACCUCUCGAGCUGUGAGUGGUACAGAAGAUGCUCUCGUGAUUCGUGAUCUUCAUUCUGAUAAACAUUCUCUUCCCGCCAAGGUGACUUUGCCUCCGCGCCCAAACUUCCCGACUUCUGUCCUCCAAUAGUGUCCAUCCUUCAAAACUAUGGAUAUGCCUCUCACAAACGAAACGGCCCGGAGAAGCUUAACCUACAACUAAUAGUCCGUAUCGAAAACACAGUGAAAUAGACAGAGAAAUACCUACAUCGAAACUUUUUUGGGACAUUCUUUUUUUUUCUGUGUGUCUGCCUGCUCUCUCUGUGUUGGAUUGUGUGCACUGUGAUCCCUGCCGACCGUUGCUGCUGUGUGUAUGUUAACCCAAGGAGACUCGUAGUGUCAGGGUGGUCCGCGACCGAAGGUGUGCUGCGAUGAAGGUAUUAUUUUGGACCAUUGUGAUCCUCGCCCAGGGCAUUCUACGAACGGUGCAGGGACUGGAGAAGCAUGUGGCCAAGGACAACACAGGACUAGACCUAGGUCCAGCAGGCUCAGUGAUGAAGACCCUACCGUAUGGCAUGGGAGGAGGAGCCGUAGGCACCGCAGGGGGAGUCAAACCCCCCUACCAAACCACCUCCCGCAUCUUCUCCACAGGCAUGGACGGGGUCGGCAACCCGCCCGUGAAACCCCCUCUGAAAACCCCCACCUACAGCUUCCUCAACCCUUACGACUGGGCCAGGAAUCAGUCUCUUCUCCUGGACCAGACAGGCUAUCGUAACAAACGCAAACCCUCACAGAAGACGGCCCAGAAGACCAAGAAGAUCUUCGGCUGGGGGGAUUUCUACUUCAAUGUGAAGACCAUGAAGUUCAGCGUCUUGGUCACCGGAAAGAUCAUUGACCACAUCAACGGCACGUUCACCGUCUACUUCCGCCACAACUCGUCCAGUCUCGGUAACGUCUCCGUGAGUAUCGUCCCUCCAACUAAAGUAGUGGAGUUCGAGGUUCUCCGGCACCACCAACCGGGCCUCCACGCCCAGCUCCACCCUGAGCUCCACACCCAGAUCACUCAACAACAGACCCCGCACCAGUCCACCAUCGACCCCAAGGAGGUAAAGACCUUCAACUGCCGGGUGGAGUAUGAGAAGACCAACCGCUCCAAGAAGCCCAAGCCCUGUCUCUACGACCCGUCUCAGACGUGUUUCUCAGAGCACACUCAGUCCCACUCUGCCUGGCUCUGCGCCAAACCCUUCAAAGUCAUCUGUAUCUUCAUCUCCUUCUUUAGCAUCGAUUAUAAGCUGGUUCAGAAAGUGUGUCCGGACUACAACUUCCAGAGCGAACACCCUUACCUUGGAUAAGAGAGGAGCGAAGAAAGGGAGGGGAGAAAGUCUUGAGCGUGUUUGUGGGGAUCUGUUUAAGCAAAGGGCCAAAUGCAGAAUCACUCAUCUUGAUCUCUCGCUUGCUCAGAGAAUGUGUAGUUAUUUGGGAUGCAAGGUGAUUUGUAGAUCAGUGAUCCUGCGCAGUCCAAUCUCGAACACGCACAAUGUCAGGACCAAUGACGACGGGGAUAGCCUUUUUUCUGCUCUCAACCUCCCGUUGGAUUGUGGAUAUUAUUCGAAUGAAGUACUGGUAGUCGACAUCAUAGAUUAUAUAAAUAUGGCAGAUUUUUUCGAACAAUUUACGUAAAAACCUUUGUAUUAUUUGCCUUUGAUUUGAAUGUAAAUAAUGUUUAAAAAACAUCUAUACAGCUCUUACAAAUUGGUUAUUAUCAGUGUUAAUUCAUUUUUGUCUGUUGGAGAAAUCGAUUAAAAACUUCAAAACAAGCUUGGAAGUAUGGACGUUUGAGUUGAUGACUUCAUAUCCUUCCUGUUGAUAUAAAUGUGUCAUGCUGUCCUUGUAUAAUCGCGGAACCCAGAAUCUUGGAACCCGGAACCAAAUGUAAUAUGCUUAACAGUCUGUCACAGGAGACUACUCUUUGUAUGGCAUUAUUGGUUCUAGAAGGUUAUCAUGGUUUCAGUCUUACUUUUAGAAUCCUGGAUACAAGAUCAUUAUUAUGGAGUCCUGGAGUUAUUUGGAUACAAUACGAUAUGAUAUUGUACACCGUACUGGGAUUUAUUUUCACAUCCUAUUAUAUUUUACAUUCACUUAACACAUUUAUUAGACAAUGUAUGAGGCAAGAGCAUUGUAUGAGGCAAGAGCAUUUUAUGAGGCAAGAGCGUUGUAUGAGGCAUUAUAUAAGGAAAUAAAUAUUCAACAAAUUAUCAUAUCUGAUGAGGAAUUUAUUCAGCUGGGUAAUAUCAAAACAUAACUAUUCUAUAGGAUUUUUCUGUCCAAUCAGAAUAUUGUACAUGUAUGUCCAAAUAAAUAAAGAUUGUGGAUACCCUUUUUGAGAAUGUAUGAAUGUUUUAAUUUUACAUUAGGAGAGAAAUUGAA